AUGAAGUUGUCUCUGUCCGUCCUCUCCGCGCUCCUGGUUGCCUUCGUCAGCUCGGCUCCAGUCGAGCUUGCGGAACGCAAAACCUACGGAACUACGGCCAAUGAGUACACUCAAGGUGCCUGCAAAGACGUGAUCUUGUUCUUUGCCCGUGGUACUAACCAGGGAGGCAACCUGGGUGAGAUGCCCGGCCAGCAGCUCGCUACCGCGCUUAGCAACGCCUUGGGCACGAGGCUUGCCGUUCAGGGUAUCAGCUACUCUGCCAGUCUCACCGGCAACUUGGCAAGUGGUGGAUGCCCGGCGUCCGAGGCUGCAUCCAUGACAACCCUCCUCACCCAGGCUGCCAGCAAGUGCCCGAACGCCAAGCUCGUCGUCGCCGGGUACAGCCAGGGUGCUGCCAUGGUACACCGCUCGAUCGAGAAAGCUAGCUCGUCAGUUGUCGCAAAGAUCGCUGCUGCAGUCACCUUCGGAGACACACAGAAGAAGCAAGAUGGCGGUGCUAUUCCCAACAUCUCCGCCUCCAAGACGAAGAUUUUCUGCAACAACGGUGACAGAGUCUGUGAGGGAACCCUCAUCAUCACCGAUGCUCACACCGACUACACUUCCAGCGUCUCUCCCGCUGUUUCCUUCAUUCAGUCGAAAGUGUAA